GCAAGGAUGCACAGCGGACCCGACGGUCUUCAUCUAUCUAAAGCUGGAGCUAUGACACAGAAUGAGACCGCGGGAAACACACCGCACACUCUUCUCAAACCGCACUUUCGAUUCGAUUCAACAAUGGGGUCAAGAAAAGGGCAAGGGCAGGCGGUAGUGAGCUCCACAGAUGUGCUACUCCGGAUCUUUGCUUUCUGCAGCUGGUCAGAUCUGCUUGUCUGUGAACAGGUUUCCGUGAGCUGGUGUGGGCUGAUCCGCGGGCCCGUUGGUCAAGCUCACAUUUGGAAACGUCUCUUGCACAUUACCUUCUUUCCCGGCACUGCCCCGGAUCUCUACGACGUCAACGAGACAUGGAGGGAUCUUGUGUUGUCUUCCGGUGCUUGGUCGCGUCCUUGGCCGGAGACCCCACUUCCCACUCAUACUGGUGUAUGCAAAAAGAAUUUACCUCCCGUUUCGGGCCCGUGUGGAAAGGCAGUAACGUGCGUCGGAGCGUUUCAUCGUCAGCCGGUGGAAGACUCGCAUGCUCGCUUCCAUGUUGUGGGCAGCUCCGUAGUGCAUACAUCAUACCCUUUUGAGCGUAAGCCGCUGAGGUCACUUCGGUUCUUUUUCUUUUAAAGCUGAAGCUGAAAGGCCCUUCACUCUUUUGUGUCGUCGGGCAUUCUGCCAUGCUAUCUCAGCUACAAAAACAUGGCAGCUGAAUCUAGCGGAGCUAUCCCGAUCUGUACGACACACUCCGGUGACCACGCUAGUACCGUCUCUGGCGAGCCCCUUUUUCGUACUUGACGAUAUGAGAGGGCAGGAAUACCUGGUCCAUGCCUCUAGCUGGUCUCACAAAAUCAACACGGCGGCCAACACGUUUGCAAGCGUUUGUGGACGAAUAUGUGUAACUCGUAGACGGGACACUCAAUUGGGCCCGCUGGACGUGUGGGAAAUAGUCGGCAACCCUAUCACUCCCGGCGAAGCUGUCUCUGCAUCAGACACGCCGCCGUCUCCCUCCGGUCCACCAACAUACUAUCUUCGGAAGCUCUUUCAAGUACCAUCUGCCACACCCGCUGCAUUCAACGAGAAAAUGCUGGGAUACGUUACUCAAGAUGCUGACGGAGAGGACAUUUUUCGUCUGGUUCGCAUCGCCGAUAAUUACCUUAUUGCCGAGUCUGACGAGUACGCAUUGGUUCAUCCAGAGCAUCGCAUUCAACUACCCCCCGAUAAUGGGUAUCACAUGACGCGAACACAUUUAUUCGUUCACUCGUCAGAAAACAUUACAGUAUUCGAUCUUAUUUCUCUACAACAAGUUGCCACGAUUGAAGAUCCGUUUGGUUUGGAGGAUGAAAAGUCAUUUGAUGACGGGGACGACGAGGACGAUGACGAAUACGAAAGUCCCGCUGCCCCCAUGCUGUUUCCAACCGUGGACGGCACCGUGCUUUUCAGCCCAAAUAUACGCCGGAGAAGAUGCCAGAUCAUAGAGCCUAUGCACAGGCAAAGGCUUUACUUCGACAUCCCCUACGAUUCCUCCCACAAAGACGGGUUUUUUGUGGUUGCUAAAAUCUAUGAUCGGGACGAGCACGGCAAGCGAUCUGGGGCCAUUCCAUCUGAUUAUGUUGUUUGGAAACAGUAUCCGAGAAUCCACUCUUCAUCGUAAGAUAGUUUCCGAAAAAUGGCGAACAAUUGUUCGCCCAUCCGGAUCACCACAAGGCAAAUCGAACGCAUGUGUAAACAGCGAGUUAUGAAGGGACAUCAUUUUGCAUCGCUCCUGGAAACCUUUAGGUACAACGGGU